GGAUUUGUUUGGGGCAGAACGGUUACUUAACAGUGGUGGCAGUUGCCGUUAAUUUAAUCUGAUGUCUGACGUUGUCGAAUCCGAUAGUGUUGAUGGACUUGAUCCUGGCCAAAGUCACUGUGAUUCAGACUCUGAUGAUGUUGCUAGUGUAAUAUCCAUCAGUGACGCAAGUGUAGCGUCUGAUUGGGAACUAAGAUCUUCCAAGAAACCUUGGGUUCCGUUGAACAACCGAGUUGCCACUUCGGCUCCUUUGCUGUACUUAUUGAGAGAAUGUCUGCUGAACCAUCGCUGGCGAGAAGCAAAUCAAGUAAUUGAGUCGUUAUGCCUGGAGCCGCAAGAGAUGGAGGAAGUAAUAUGGAAGUGUGGUGCAGAAAUUAUAUACAACCAUGCUAAGGCAUCUCCUGGAAUAGUUGAUUUGUUCUUUGGAAAGAUGGAGACUGUUACUAGUCAUCAUAGAGCUCAAAAAUCCUUGGAGAAGGCAUUUUAUUUUCUAAGUAAAGGUGAUAUAGAAGAAGCUUACAGAGCGAUCAAACUCAAGAGGUAUACAAAAAGUUUUGUCAGUGAUGAAGAAGGCGUGGCCCAAGAUGAAUGGGUGUAUAUAACUAAACUUUACUGUGGUAUGAUAGAGUAUGUCUUGUGGGCCGAAGAUAAAGAUGAGAUGAUGGAUGUGGAGAAAGAAAUCGAUGCAGCCAGUGACUCCGGUACAGAGGAGACUCUUCCGAGUACGCAUGCCAGAACUGCCGUGUCAUACUUGGAUGAUAUCACUGAUAAACCAGGAAUAUGGGAUAUAUUCGUCACAAAGCAUGUUGAAAUUUUGGAGUAUUAUGGGAGAACAGCUGAUGCAAAACACAUCUUGGAAAAGUAUGCUGAAACCAAUGCGGAAAACCCAAAUGCUCACAAGUACUUGUAUCAAUUCUUAAAAAGAAAUAACCCUGAACCAUCCAAGCUUAUAUCAAUAUUAAAGGAUAUAUUAUCGUUAAUUCCCUCUGAUGAGUUAGCAAUUGAUCUGUGUACAAUAGUGCACACCUGUGGUGCAAGUGAAACAUUAACACUUCCUUACUUGUUUGAUAUGCUGGACUAUGCAUGCUGGCAGACUGCGGUAAAGCCAUGGCAGCUAUUAGCUGAUGUAAUAGUUAAUAUAUAUAGGAAUGCAGCUACAAAUGAAGUGACAGCAUUAGGAGACUGUUGGCGUAUUAGAAACAAUUGGUGGCCACAGUAUCAUUUCAGGGUAGAUCAAAUAGAUACAUGUGACUGUAGUGAUCUGCUGAAAUCCAAGGCAGUUAUAGCAGCUUUACUUAUUGAUAUAGAGAAUCCCUUUGUGAUGAGUGUAAAAAACCAUUUGCAGGAUAAAGCAUUUAACAAGAUGUUGAAGAAUGUCUGUAAACUCAAAAGAAACAACAGUUGUACAACAAGCCCAAGAAAAAAGAAACGGACAUAG